UUUGCGGUUCCAACAUGGCGGAGCUGACGGUGGAGGUUCGCGGCUCCAACGGGGCUUUCUACAAGGGAUUUAUCAAAGAUGUUCAUGAAGACUCCCUCACAGUUGUUUUUGAGAACAACUGGCAGCCAGAACGCCAGGUUCCAUUUAAUGAAGUUAGAUUACCACCACCACCUGACAUAAAAAAAGAAAUCAGUGAAGGAGAUGAAGUAGAGGUAUAUUCAAGAGCAAAUGACCAAGAACCCUGUGGAUGGUGGUUGGCUAAAGUUCGAAUGAUGAAAGGAGAAUUUUAUGUCAUUGAAUAUGCUGCUUGUGAUGCCACUUACAAUGAAAUAGUCACAUUUGAACGACUUCGGCCUGUCAAUCAAAAUAAAACUGUCAAAAAAAAUACCUUCUUUAAAUGCACAGUGGAUGUUCCUGAGGAUUUGAGAGAGGCGUGUGCUAAUGAAAAUGCACAUAAAGAUUUUAAGAAAGCAGUAGGAGCAUGCAGAAUUUUUUACCAUCCAGAAACCACACAGCUAAUGAUAUUGUCUGCCAGCGAAGCAACUGUGAAGAGAGUAAAUAUUUUAAGUGACAUGCAUUUGCGAAGUAUUCGUACGAAGUUGAUGCUUAUGUCCAGAAAUGAAGAGGCCACUAAGCAUUUAGAAUGCACAAAACAACUUGCAGCAGCUUUUCAUGAGGAAUUUGUUGUGAGAGAAGAUUUGAUGGGCCUGGCAAUAGGAACACAUGGUAGUAACAUACAGCAAGCGAGAAAGGUUCCUGGAGUUACAGCUAUUGAGCUAGAUGAAGAUACUGGAACAUUUAGAAUCUAUGGAGAGAGUGCUGAUGCUGUAAAAAAGGCUAGAGGUUUCUUGGAAUUUGUUGAGGAUUUUAUUCAGGUUCCUAGGAAUCUUGUUGGAAAAGUAAUUGGAAAAAAUGGCAAAGUUAUUCAGGAAAUAGUGGACAAAUCUGGUGUGGUUCGGGUGAGAAUUGAAGGAGACAAUGAAAAUAAACUACCUAGAGAAGAUGGUAUGGUUCCAUUUGUAUUUGUUGGCACUAAAGAAAGCAUCGGAAAUGUGCAAGUUCUUUUAGAGUAUCAUAUUGCUUAUUUGAAGGAAGUAGAACAGCUAAGAAUGGAACGCCUACAGAUUGAUGAACAGCUACGACAGAUUGGUAUGGGUUUCAGACCUUCUUCCACCAGAGGGCCUGAAAAAGAGAAAGGAUAUGCCACUGAUGAAAGUACCGUCUCUUCUGUACAAGGUUCUAGGUCUUAUAGUGGAAGAGGCAGAGGUCGUCGGGGCCCUAAUUACACCUCCGGUUAUGGUACAAACUCUGAGCUGUCUAACCCCUCUGAAACAGAAUCUGAGCGUAAAGAUGAGCUGAGUGAUUGGUCAUUGGCAGGAGAAGAUGAUCGGGAGAACCGACAUCAGCGUGACAGCAGGAGACGCCCAGGAGGAAGAGGGAGAAGUGUUUCAGGGGGUCGAGGUCGUGGUGGACCACGUGGUGGCAAAUCCUCCAUCAGUUCUGUGCUCAAAGAUCCAGACAGCAAUCCAUACAGCUUACUUGAUAAUACAGAAUCUGAUCAGACUGCAGACACUGAUGCCAGCGAAUCUCAUCACAGUACUAACCGUCGUAGGCGGUCUCGUAGACGAAGGACUGAUGAAGAUGCUGUUCUCAUGGAUGGGAUGACUGAAUCUGAUACAGCUUCAGUUAAUGAAAAUGGGCUAGUCACAGUUGCAGAUUAUAUUUCUAGAGCUGAGUCUCAGAGCAGACAAAGAAACCUCCCAAGGGAAACUUUGGCUAAAAACAAGAAAGAAAUGGCAAAAGAUGUGAUUGAAGAGCAUGGUCCUUCAGAAAAGGCAAUAAAUGGCCCAACUAGUGCUUCUGGCGAUGAAAUUUCUAAGCUACAGCGUACUCCAGGAGAAGAAAAGAUUAAUACCUUAAAAGAAGAAAACACUCAAGAAGCAGCAGUCCUGAAUGGUGUUUCAUAAACUGAAGAAGUUCCUAGUUUACAGUUCUUUUACAUUACAUUUUACAAUAGUGCUUGUACAAGCUUGCCAAAGAUAGAAUAUGGAUCGCCAGUCUUUACAUCGCACUUUCAGUUCCUCCAUUUGGAAUUCAGAAAGGGGAGGGAUCCUGAAGAUAUCAUAUGUUAAACAUACUUUGACACCUACUGUGUUAUAAAAUAUAUCAUCAGAUGUGCCUUGAGAAUAGUAUAUGUAACAUUAAAAAAAAGUUGCUGGCUA